AUGGCAACACCUGGUGCACCGAGAUUCAACUCAAAGUCCCCCACUAUAAAACGAAUCCCUAUCCACAACCCCCUCCCCCGACUACCACGCCGCGCCCGCCACAGACGCCGACCUAUUCAACUGGCACUUCACACUGCGCGGCCCCCCUCCUCCCCCUACGCCUCUGGAAUCUACCACGGGCGCAUAAUCCUACCCUCCAGCUACCCACUGCGUCCUCCAUCAUUCCGCUUCCUCACCCCCUCCGGACGCUUCGAAGCAAACCGCGAGAUCUGUCUCAGUAUCAGCGGACACCAUGAAGAAACGUGGCAGCCUGCGUGGGGGAUCCGCACGGCGCUGGUAGCGCUGAGGGCGUUUAUGGAAACGGAUGCGAAGGGGCAGCUUGGUGGGGUGGAGAUGAGUGAGGAGGGACGGAGGGGCAUUGCGGGGGGGACGCCGGGGUGGAGGUGUGGUGGGUGUGGGGGGAGGAGUAACGGGGAGAUUUUGGGGGAGAGGGAGGAGGCUUUUCGGGCGAUGGAAUUGGAACGGGAACGGGAGGGGGAGAAGGCGGAGGGGCAAGUGGAAGUAGAGGUGCCGAGGGAGUUGCAGAUGGGGUUUAAGGAUGAGAUGGGGAAGGGGAAGGAGAAGGAGAAGGAGAAGGAGGAAGCGGAUACAGAGGAAGCGGAGUUGGCGGAGGGGUUUGUGAGGACUGCUGAUGUUGCGCCGGUCGAUGAGUCGGUACAGCCGGCACACAAUCCUCCACCUACACCUACUCCUCCUCAGCAACUGCCGCGGACAUCGCAUCUUCCUCUCGUACCUCAAACGCCGUAUCGCGCUCCUGCUCCUGCGCCGCUUCAGCAAUUAGCUCUACAACCACCACAGCCACAAGCACACUCGAAUGACGGAGUGCCCAUGUGGAUAGACAGAGCGAUCGCAGGUGUUGUAGUGUUAUUAGUAGCUCUGGUUUUAAAGCUGCUACUUGGGUUAUAA